AUGGCCGUCUUUAUGGCCCAAGGAUUUCGAGACGGAGUCAACAUUUCCAUGAUGUCUAUCGCCAUGUGGGACUUUAUCAAGUGCUUUACCGCCGUGGUUAACAGGCUCCACGGUCCCAUCAGCUUGAUCUCGGCAUCAGCAGCCACGAGCUGGCGGAACAUGUCUUUCCCCGUCACAGCUUACACGCCCAUCUUCUCUGGGUACGUGACUUUCUGCCUGACCACCUACGUCUCAGUGGAGAGGUGCCUUUGUGUCAGCAGACCCUUCACCUUCAAGGCCAUCUUCUCGCGAAACUUCACUCUCGUUGCUAUGGUCGUCAUAUCCGGUGUGGUAUUUGGCGCCUAUGUUGUGGUGUAUUUUAUCUACGACAUCGCCUACACGUUCAGCCCAGACUUCAACACCACCAUCGCCGUCUAUCGCUACAACGCAUUCUUCUACCAGUCUCAGAACAUCGUCAUGCCCUACUACCGAUUUACUGGCAUAGCCAUCCCCUUCGCCAGCUUUGUCGUCCUUUGUAUCAGCUCCAGCUGCACAGUUUACUAUCUGCGGAAGUCCUCACAAUUUCUGACUGCCAAGAACGGCAAUGAUGCCUGCGUGAAGGACAACUCCACUGUCAAUAUGUCGUUUUCGCGUCGAGAAAAGCAAGUGGUGGCGAUGCUGCUGUCGGUGAUAUUCACAACCAUAGGGAACUUGUUCCCUCGCAUCAUCUUCUACGUGGCUCAGUUGGUAGAGCCCGAGCUUUUCCUCUUAAGAAAGUAUCAUAAUGUGUUUAGUGUCGUAGCUGUGUGUCUUUUCGCGCUGGACAUCCUCAGGGCGUCAGUGAACUUCUUUUUAUUUCUCUCCAUGAGCACACAGUUUAAACAAACUUUCUUUAGGAAAUAUGCAACCAACAGUUAUAACUAUCCUAAGGAAUAA